AUGCACGAGAUCUCGGUCGUGGUGGCAGUCGCACGCAAGACGUGGGGCAUCGGCAUCGACAACACGCUGCCGUGGAAGCUGCCCAGCGACAUGAAGCGUUUUCGUGAGAUCACGACGUCCACGACCGAUGCGACCAAGCAGAACGCGGUCAUCAUGGGUCGCAACACGUGGGAGUCGAUCCCAGCCAAGUUCCGACCGCUCCCGGGUCGACUCAACGUCGUUCUUACACGAAACUCAACACUAGCGGCCCAGCUCGACGCGUCGUCGCCGCAAGUUCUUGCAGCAUCCAGCCUCGAUGACGCGCUGGCCAAGCUGUCCCCGACAAAGAUUGAGCACGUGUUUGCGAUUGGCGGCGCGAACGUGUACAGCGACGCGCUACGCCAUCGCGCGUGUCGGAAAGCGUACGUAACCAUGGUCGACGGGGACUUUGACUGCGACGCGUUCUUCCCAUCGACGUUGAAGCAGCUCGGGUUCGUCGAGACCGAAGCGUUGGGGACGCAGACCGAGAACGGCAUUGAUUUUCAUUUUGCCACAUUCGAGCGCAAGCACGAAGAGCUGCAGUACCUCAACUUGAUUCAGCGCAUCUUGGACGAAGGUAUCCAGAAGGGGGACCGCACCGGCACGGGGACACUGUCUCUGUUUGGCGCGCAGAUGCGAUUCAGCCUCCGCGACGGCGCGUUUCCGCUCCUCACGACGAAGCGAGUGUUCUGGAAAGGGGUCGCGGAAGAGCUGCUCUGGUUUAUCAGCGGCAAUACGAAUGCAAAGACGUUGCAAGACAAAGGCAUCAAGAUCUGGGACGGCAACGGGUCCCGCGAGUACCUCGAUAGUAUUGGGCUCGUCCACCGCGAGGAAGGCGAUUUGGGCCCGGUCUAUGGCUUUCAGUGGCGACAUUUUGGCGCGACGUACGUCGAUAUGCACACGGAUUACACGGGACAAGGCCAUGACCAGCUCGCGGACGUCAUUUACAAGAUCAAGCACACGCCGAACGAUCGCCGCAUCAUCUUGUCGGCGUGGAAUCCCGCUGACUUGGGCAUCAUGGCGCUGCCGCCGUGCCACAUGCUCUGCCAGUUUUACGUCGCCGACGGCGAGCUGUCGUGCCAGAUGUACCAGCGCAGCGCGGACAUGGGACUCGGCGUCCCAUUCAACAUUGCGAGCUACGCGCUCCUGACGCGCAUGCUAGCCCAAGUGAGCGGCCUCCAAGCCGGCGACUUUAUCCAUGUCAUUGGCGAUGCCCAUGUGUACUCGAACCACGUCGCGCCUCUCCUCGAGCAGCUGAAGCGAUCGCCGCGUCCGUUUCCCAGGCUCCAUUUGAACCCUGCCAAGACAUCCAUCGACGAAUUCACGUUUGACGACUUUACGCUCGACGGAUACGACCCCCACAAGACUAUCAAGAUGGAUAUGUCCGUCUAA